AUUGUUUUAAUCUGACGAGGAAACAUAAAUAAAGAGAUUAAGUGAAACGACUUCAAAGUGUUGAUGAGAUUUUCAGAAAAACUCAGAGAAAAGUUUAUUUUUUAUUUGUAUCUCUUGAAGAUCAACAGAGUAAUUAAAUCAACAUCAAUCAAUAUUUUAACAAAAAUCUUUUAUGUUUAAUUGUUAUUUAAUUGUCGUCAAGUGAUUAAGGAAAACAAUGGAACCCAUUCCAUCUACAAGUAAAUCUACAGGUCCAUUUACAGGUCCAUCUACAAGUCGAUCUACAAGUCAAUCUAAAAGUCAAUCAACAAGUCAAUCAACAAGUCAAUCAACAAGUGAGCCCAGGAAACGGUACAAAAUGAUGUUCAUGCCAAUGGAAGGUACUGGUCAUGUACUGACCAUGAUUGGUUUGGCCUAUCGGUUUCUCAAGCGACAUCAUGAUAUUACCUUUGUGGUCUCAAAAUCUUUUGCCAAAUACGUUGCCGCGAGUCCAUUUAAGAUACAUUAUAUUAUAAAUCCCGCUUUUGAUGAAUAUGAAGAUCCACAGGAACGAUGGAGUAAAACAAUGGCCAGAAAUGCUGUUCAUUUCCAUAAGACUCCAAUUGAACAGGCUUGGCUUCAGGGUGUAUUUCAUGAUGACUUUGUGAACACAGUGAUUGAUGUUAAUGAUCAAUUGGAGAAGAUAAUUAGAGAGGUGAAACCUGAUUUAAUGUUUGCCGAUUAUUAUGUGGCAGUUCCAGCGAUCGUUUUAGCAAACAUCCCAUGGAUUUGUGUUGUCUCUGCUAAUCCAUUGAGUAUCUAUCAACUGAUUGAUGGUCCACCCUUUUACUCAGGCUAUUCAAUAACUGAUAGUAAUUGUAAUUGGAAUGAUUUCAAGAGGAGAUUUAGAGUAGCCCUUUCUGGACCUUGUCACAAGUUACACACAUAUGCAGCUGAGAGAGGAUUAAAGUUACCCCCCAAUAGAUUAUGGGUUGCAUCACCUUAUCAUAAUAUCUACAUUUAUCCAUUGGCUUUAGAUUAUUGUGAAAUACCGGGUUUCCCGUUGAGAAGAUGGUCUCGAAUUGACCAUUGUAUCCGACCAUUUUCAGCUGAUCCUGAUCCACUUGGCUUAGAUUUAACAGCCUUAAAACCACAAUCGCCCAAAAUUUACUUUACUCUUGGUACCAUGGGAUCAGCUGAUAUCGUUCUAAUGGACAUAAUACUCAAAAUCCUCAAGGACACACCCUAUCAAUAUAUCGUCUCGAAAGGUCCAAAUGGUGAUAAGAUUAAUUUACCUCCCAAUGCAAUUGGAUCUGGAUAUGUGAAUCAAUUGAAAAUUCUUCCUCUGGUUGAUUUAGUCAUAUUCCAUGGUGGUAACAAUACACUAAUUGAAUGUCUUUAUUUUGGUAAGAAAAUGUUACUUUUACCGUUAUUUGGAGAUCAGUUUGAUAAUGCAGCUCGAAUUGUAGACAGGCGACUUGGUUUAGCGCUUCGUCCCUAUCAAGUUAAACCAGAUGAUCUUCGAAGAGCAAUUGUAACACUUUUGGAUGAUGAUGCUUUACAUAAUCAAUUAACAACCAUUUCAAAUAAUCUGAAAAAAUCUAAUUCAUUUGAAAAAGCAAUUGAAGAAAUAGAAUCAAAUAUGCACAUUUUCAAGAAUCAAAGUGAAAUUCUCGCAUUGACUACGCAUUAACCCAGUUGUAUUUGUUUCCUCGCACUAUUUUAUACAAACAUUAAAUGACCGAUAUUUUUAAUUUAA